AUGAUGACUCAAGAACAAACAGUAUGCGUCUUCUGCGGCUCUUCAUUCGGGCAGAACCCCGUGUUCGCCCAGGCGGCAGGUGAGCUAGGAGGCAAGCUCGCGUUGAAGCAAUGGGGUUUGGUAUAUGGUGGAGGAUCCACUGGUCUCAUGGGCGCCGUCGCUUCUGGAUGCGCUACAAAGGGAGGAUACGUGCACGGGAUCAUUCCCGAGGCUUUGAUUUCUCGUGAGCGUAAGGAAGAUGUUUGUGCAGCCGAAAGAUCUACUGGAGUGGAAGAUGAGUUGAAUGAAAAGUUGAAGCAGAGCAUAGAUAACCACGAUGGGUCGACGCCGAUUCCCGACUCGGAGAAGUACGGCAAGACCACCUUGGUGAAGGAUAUGCACACGCGGAAGAGAUUGAUGGCGCAGGAAGCGAGUGCGUUUGUUGCGUUACCUGGUGGAUAUGGCACGUUGGAGGAGUUGAUGGAGGUGGUUACCUGGCAGCAGUUGAACAUCCACAAUAAGCCCAUUGUCAUUUUCAACAUUAAUGGCUUUUUUGAUAAUUUUUUGAAGUUUAUCCAGGAUGCUAUUGCGAGCGAGUUUGUCAGUAAGAAGAAUGGCGAGAUUAUCAAGGUUGCUACUACUGUCGAUGGUGUGAUUGAGGCCAUUGAGGAGUACGAGGUCCCCGAGGGUAGAUUCAACUUGAAGUGGGAGACUACAUAA